UUUUUUUUUUUUAUAAUUAUAUGAUUUUAAAAAAAAAAUCCUCUUAUUUUGAAUAAUUUUUCAGGUGGAAGAUUCUGAGUGUGUUCAUUAUAGUUUCAAAAUGGAGAGGACUGAGAUGUAAUAGUAUAUUUCUAGUUGGGAAUACUGAGUGCAUUCACAGUGUUAGAAUGAAAUUGUAGAUUUAAAUGAAAUAAAAGUAAAUGGAAUAUUCUUGAUUCAAAUUUAAACUAUCUGUGACAUAUAGAAGUUAUAAGUUGAUGAGAAUUCACAAUUGUGAAUUGUAUAUAUGGCAGGUGCUUGUUUGGGUGUCUCUGUGAUUGGUCAUAAUGAGGUUCCAUUCCCUUGUACUGGAACCUCGAAGCUGGGCUUUAAAUUGAUUGAGUGUUUAAGAUAAUUUCAUGUAAGGCCAGUAAUAUAAAAAAAAAUUGAUAGCACGAAGCAGAUGUGUUGACAUUCCAACAUUCUAAACAAAGGGAUUAUUUAUAUUCUGGUUAAAUUGAUCCAGUUUCUACAGUGUAUUGUCAAAAUUUAAUCUGUAAAUCCUCAUUCAAUAUGCUAUAAUAUGUCUUUAUCUGAUACACAUAGCCAUGCUAAACAAACUGGUGAUUAAUCCACUAGAAAGUUUUACUAUAUUUGUAAGACAGUACCAUAUAUAUUGAAAGGUUCUUUCCAAGCUUUUGGGCAGGCCUGUAAAUGCAAUUUAUCUCCUUUCACUCACCAUUUAAAUUUUAUGAAAUUCAAGGGUGCUUCAGAGAGUUGCAUAGCUUCAUGCAAACAGCCCCCCUGGCACACACAAAACUACUGAUUGCUUUGGGAACUAAGUAAUUAAGUGCAUGUUUCUGGAUUAUAAAUAAGUGUUUUGAUACGAUCCUGAUGCUUAAUUUACAUGGAAUUUUAAUGUUAACUAAAAACUUCAUGAAAACCUAUUCAUUUGCAUUAAUGAGUGUCAAAUACAGGCAUACCUUGCAGUACAUGCGCAUGGAAGUUUUCCAAACUGAAAGUUGUCAAUUUUCUCUUUUAUGCAUCUAUUAUCACUGGAAAUAACGAACAUUGGAGUAGAUUUACGAUGACAUAAAAACUUGAGUAAACAUUAAUUAUUCAAGAUGUGUAAUUCUACCACUGAGCGGUACAUGUAUUUGGACUGGUGCAUUUUGUAUAACUGCGUACCUGUCGGGAUGUGAUGUGAUAAAUGACCACAAUGUUGGGUCCACCUCAUCCAGUUGCCAUGCCAACUGUCACCAAAAUGGAUAAGCUGAGGUUAGCGGCUGCCAAGGGAGAGAUGGACAUGGUCCGGGACCUUCUGGGAUUAAGGACCCCCUUACAACCAGACAAGGAAGGGCGAACACCACUGCAUUUUGCUGCACAGAAUGGUCACCUCGAUAUCUGUCGUUUAUUGAUACAACAUGGCUGCCAUCCAGAUGAUCAAGAUCAAGUCAGAUACACUGCCCUCCACAGAGCCUCCUCCCAAGGUCACACAGAGGUCAUUGAGCUCCUGAUUAACCAACACUGCAGCAUUGACAUUCAGGAUGAGAAUGGGAAUGCUGCCAUACAUGAGGCUGCCUGGCACGGCUUCAGUCGAACUCUAGACGUUCUCAUCAAGCAUGACUGUAACAUCAUCAUCACUAACAAGGCUGGUUUUACUGCCCUCCAUUUGUCAGCACAGAACGGACACAACCAAAGCACUAGGAUCCUCCUCCUGGCUGGCUGUAACUCAGACCUCAAAAACAAUUAUGGAGACACGGCCCUCCACACCGCCGCGAGGUACGGUCACGCAGGUGUGACAAGAAUCCUCAUCAGCGCCCGCUGCAGUCUCAAUGAACAAAACAAGAAUGGAGACACAGCGCUUCAUAUCGCUUCAGCCCUCAAACGACGGAAGAUCGCAAAACUGCUGGUGGAUGCGGGGGUAGACAUCAGUGUGAAAAAUAAGCAAGUUGAGACGGCAAUGGACGUGGCCGAGAGAAAACAGCAUCCAGAAAUCAUCCUAAUUAUCUCCUCCUUUUCUCGGCCAAAGACACCAAAGACGGUGAAUUUCAAGGAAUACCCAGUUGAUAUGGAGGGACCCGUGGUUGUACCGGAAGAGGAGGUCCCAGCCAAACCUGUCAAACAGGAGAAAAAAUUCUUUGACUUCUUCAAGAAAAAGAAAAAAGACAAAGAAAAAGAUAAAACUGACUCCCAGCAGACCCCAAACACAGGAAAGUCAGAUCCCUCUGUUCAGGGCUUUUUCAGUCAGUAUGUCCCAAAGCCCGGACUUCAGUAUUACAGGGACUUGGCUGGAAACAUCAAACAGGGUCCUAUUGGUUACACACCAAUAUGUCAGUGCAUGCCAACACUGAAGAAACUUGAACACCAAGUGCAUACAAAUCAAGAACACAUUUAUGACCACAUCGAGGCUUCCAAUCGUGCACUCAAUAACCGCUUAGAUCAGCUAGACCAUCGAACGUCGCAACAGGUCAGGGAACUAGACCAUAGAACCAGUCAAAGGCUCAUGGAGGAGGAGGCACUGUGUCAGGAGAGAAUUCGCCGUGGAUUGGAAGGAGAAAGGGCAUUCAUGGAGCAGAGUCACCAUGAUAACCUGAAGAUGGAUGUACAGGAAUGGCUUGAAGUCAAACUUGGUUCUUACGGACACUGUUUAGAUCAUCACCAUGACGACACAGCUUUACCAAGCAAUAACUUGUUCUCAGAGAUUCAUCAGACCGAAAAUGGACGGUUAUUUCGCUCAAGGUCUGAUGAGACUUUGUCCCAGUCUGACAACCACAGUGGAAAAGGAUUUCGUAAGAAAGCAUUCUAUGAAUCUCGACAACAAGCAAUGCAACAAAUUCGUGCUUGGCAAACACCAUCAUACAGUCGGACUAAUGCUUACCGUGUUAAAGGAUCUAGUCAUGAUAUGUUAGGGCCACGGACUGUUACAUUCAGUGAUCAAGACAAUGUAAAUGUGAGGACUAGUGCUGAGAUACAUUCUCAGAAUCCACCAAGGGAUUUACCACAUUCUCAGAAUCCACCAAGGGAUUUACCACAUUCUCAGAAUCUACUAAGGGAUUUACCACAUUCUCAGAAUCUACUAAGGGAUUUACCACAUUCUCAGAAUUCACCAAGGGAUUUACCACAAGUGUCAGCCAAAUUUACAGACACAUCAAUUCCAACUGUUGGACCUCAUAUACAUGUAUCUCAAAGUUCUGUGCCAACAAGACAGAGUGAGGUUCGUCCCCCUUCCAGAAAUUACUCUCCUCAUCCUCACCCCCGGGGAACAUCCCCCAGUGUUCAGAACAGAGGAGAUCCUGUAUAUGGAAGUUUUCGAGAUUUUCCUCAUUCAGUGGGACAAUCUAGAAGUCCACAAAAUCCAAAAUAUGAGCAUCGGUCUAGACCUGAUCACAUGAGUAGUCCUCGUCCUGGGCAAGGAACUGUUCAUCAUCAGACUGUAUCAGAUGCAGUGUACACUAGUCCUCAUCAAUACUCAAGUCAGGGGGCUGUCCCAAAACGUAUCCCCCAGUCACAAACUUGGCAUCAUGAACAGUAUCGAAAUAUGCAAAAACGUGAACCAAGUCCACUUACUCAUGGCACACCAGUGAACCCAGAUCAAGUGAAUAAACCACUUCCUCGGAGUCAAACAGACAGUACUGGUACCACACUGAGAUCCUCACCAGCUGAGGUUUUCAGACGUGGUGAAUUACCCAGACAGAGUGUUCAAGAGAAAGGAACAGUCUCAAAUGGAUUUAUCAGAAACACAGAAUCUCGACAGAGUUUCCCAGAAAGGGGGCCCUCAAAUACAAACUCAGGAGGAAAUCUAAACUCUAGUGUGUCCUCCCUCGGAGCUGGUCAGGGCCCCCAGGAUUCCUCCAGGCCCAGCUCCGGUCGGUCUGAUCGUCCCUACAUACCUCCAAAACCAACUUUCACAACAUUUGGCUAUGAUAACUCUAAAUCUGAUGAUCGACCUCUUCCUUCCACCUCUGUGCCAAAUACCUCUUCCAAUAAUGCUCCUCCAAAGCCCACACCAAGAACAAAUUCCAGUGCUGAACUUGGAAGUCCAUAUGCUUCUUUACCUAAUCGAUCUCACACUCCUCAUGAUGAGCUGGAUAGUCAACAAACAUACAGUUACUUUGCUGCUGUGAAAACAGAAACUCCAAAACCAAGCGAGAUUAACAGAUCCAGUUCAGGAAAAGAGACACCCAAGGAUGAUUUAUAUGUGUCAAUGUCUGAAAAACCUGUCAUAAGACAAAGGACCAGGUCAUCUGAGGGUCUCUUGGACAGUAACAUUACAUCCGCUCAUGACCUAAAGAAAAUUCACCCAUCUCCCAUCCCUUUCGCAAAUCCUAACAAUAUUCACAAAAGUGAUAAGUCCCUCAUUCCUCAUCAGAUGCCUCCAAACGGACAAAUACAAAGUCAACAACGGCCAAUGUCAAGGCCAUACCCCAAUCUAUCCAUGAAUCAAUAUUCAAGUGAAGCUAGGAAUUCCCCUCUCUUAAGAUAUGGAAAUCAGCCUGUUCCAGUCAAGGGUGCUCAGACAGAGAGUGUGUAUGUGACAAUGAAAGGCCCACAUGAGGGAAGACGCAGUGCUGUAGACUUUGAUAGGAAAGGUGGACCUUACAGAACCCAUGGCAACAUCAGAGAGAAUCCCUACGCCUCUGUAAGGGAUGUCUCUUCCUAUCGCUAUGGUAACAGUUCGCCAAUGGGAAAAUCUGGUGUGCCCUACCACAGCACGUAUAAUGUGAACACUGUCACACAAGGCCAGAACUCACUCAGCAAAUCGGAAUCCAAUUUAGUGGACAAAGCAGCCGACAGUGAUGAUGAAGGUGGAUUCAUCUCCACUCGAAGGACAAUGUUGAAUGCUUCACCUGCAAUUCACAAUAGUGCUAACAGUCCAAAGGCUGUGUCUAAUUACCCCAACGCCUACACGAAGGAGGACUCCAGCAGUAACCCUGAUUCUGGAUACAGCAGUAAAAUCUUUGGCACCAGGACGAACAAUGGCAAUGUCCCAAGCAACAGCGGUACUCCGUCCUCCUCCUUUAGUACUGACCAUGAUCACAGUCUCUCAGUGUCCAGUAACAACCACUCUCCUCAUCCGGCUGCUACACAAAGCGACUACGAACAGAUCCAAGACGUGGCACGAGCUGUAAACCAUGGACAAAACCUGCAGGCACACGUCGAGGGAUGGUAUCAAAUGAAACUGAAAGAGGCCGCUCUGAGGCUGCAAGAUGGACCACAUAAUGAGGGACCUCGGGACCAAAAUUACAACCCAAAGGGUUAUAAUCCCCAUAUGAAUCGUCAGUAUACACCCCCUAAUCCCCAGUAUCACAACUACCAGGCUAACCAAACAUACAACAGUUACCGUAAUCUUCCUAGUUAUAUUAGAGGAAGUGAUGUGUGAUAUAAACCAACUACCAGGCUAACCAAACGUACAACAAUUACCGUAAUCUUCCUAGUUAUAUUAGAGGAAGUGAUGUGUGAUAAAAACCAACUACCAGGGUUGUGUUCAAGAUCAUAGCGGCUAGGUAUGGUGGCUGAUUUGUGCCAUUUUACAAUGCGGGUUUUCUUUAAUUUUGAGACGAAAAGUAGCUAAUAUUAUCAUUUUGUCUUUCCCCCCGUUAUUUCAGGACGAAACGUUGAUAAAUAUCAUUAUUGUCUCUUUGCCUCAAAAUAACAAAAUGACAACAAAUUGUAAAAUGGCACAAAUCAGGCACCAUACCUAGCUGCUACGAUUUUGAAUGCAGCCCAGGCUAACCAAAUGUACAACAAUUACCGUAAUCUUCCUAUUUAUAUUAGAGGAAGUGAUUUGCGAUAUCAACAACUUGGACUCUUUCGAAGAAAACAAAUUUGUAAAGUUGUUUUGAGUUAUGGCAGCAAAUGUUAUAAAUACAAUUGCAUAAUUUAUAAUGGCAUUCUUGUAGAUAAAUGUACUUAUUUGUAUAUCAUAUUAUGCCAGCAUUUCAGGUACAUUUAAUGUAUUGUUGGUGCUUAUUUAUGAGAAAAAGUUGUCUAUUUAAAUUUUAAAUGUGUUCAUACAAUUUGUGUACAGUAUGUGUAAAUAGUUGCAAAUGCCACAUUCACUUGUUAUAAGAUGUCGACUACUUCCACUUUUAUUAAACGUAAUAUGUUUUUCUGAAUUUAUUAAACACUUUUCAAUCAAAAUUUUUAAUCAAGACUCAAGUAUGUUUUAUAAUAGAUUUAUAAAAUUAGAAAGAAUGAGACACAUAAACAUUUCAGAUUUUUAUCUAGAUACUGGACUCUCUUCACAUUCUUUUAAGAACUAUUAAACCCUUUGUUUUUUAUAUGUACAUGUAUAUUCAAGAAAUGCAGAAAAUCUUCCCAUUCAGCUAGCCAUUGUAAUUUUUAAGGAUCUCCAUUUUAUUGAAAUUGUUAUUAUGUAUUUUAAUGUCUUUCAUAUACAGGACAUUCCAUUCUCUCAGAGAAAUGAAGAAACCACUUACAUGGUGGAAUAAAAAGUGUUAAUAUA